GGUUGCUUGUUUGAGAGAGCUGCAGCGGCAGAGAGUCGUUGUGAGCAGGGACAGGAUGGACCACUGGAUCUGCCUUCUGGGCUUCUUAAGGGUGGCUUUAUGUUUGCCUAGCUUGCCUUACACUCUUCAUCAAGAGAAGGUUAGCUUUGAUGAUGCCCUGAACACCUGUCGACAAGAAGGGUUUCUGACAGAUAUGGCAGCCAAAGAGGAGAUGGACAAGAUCAUUUCAGUUACAUCAGAAAUUAUGCACUCAGCGGGUACUUUUGAGUUCUGGGUGGGCCUGAGGAAAUCCCAAUCAGACUGUGUUUUUGAGGAUCCUCCAUUGAUGGGUUUCAAGUGGACAGCAAACAACAGCAGCCAUUCGGAGGUCAACAAGUGGCUGGAAAAGCCAGCUAAAACCUGUACAUCUGUGCUGUGUGGACUGCUCAUUGUGGAAUACAGUGGAGAGAGGAUAACUAACUGGGGCUGGAAAGGGACCACCUGCAAGACAGAACACCCAUUCAUUUGUAGACGGAUAAAAAAUGAAACAUCACAGUGCCCUAAUCCACAACUAUUUCAGGUAAGGGAAUUCAUCCCAGUGGUGGAUAAUCCUUACCUGCUGGAAGUUCAUUGUUUGUCCAGUAAAACAUUUAUCUUGACUUGUUCUCCAACCAAUAAGGAGUGGAUGUUGGGGAACAGAUCAGCUGACCUGACAGGGCUUUGCCUCACAUGCCAAGCAGGGUAUACCAGGGACGAAGGGGGAAACUGUGUUGACUUUGAUGAAUGCACAGACAAACAGCUGUGUACGUUCGGCUGUAGAAACACAGAGGGCUCCUACAUAUGUAUCUGUGAUACUGCCAGUGGAUAUGUGCAGGAUGAAAACGCUACCUCAUGUAAGAAAUUACUGGCAUCUACCAACACUCCACCCAGCAGCACUCACUUCCUCCCCCCCAUCAAUUCGUCUCCCCAGGCCACAAAUGGGAAGGAACUUCCACCCACCCCCACUCUAGGGAGCCCAACCACCACCAUCAUCACCACCACUGCCCAUGUUAACCUGGAAAUCUCUAGGGGCCAGUCCAGCAUCUUCAUACCAGUGCUGGUGGCAGUGGUGUCAUUAGUGGCUUUGGGGGUGACUGUCUUGCUCUUUGUGAAAUGUUGCCUCGGAAGGCGGUCAAAGAAAAUCUCAAGGAAAGAAAGGGGGAAGUCUAAAGAAACAGUAAUCCUGAAAGACGCCGCAGACUGUGAAAACCAGAAGGACUCUGUGUGAGGGAGCAAGAUGGCGGAGACCGAGGGGGUGAUUCAAUUAAUCUACAGAGUAAUUGGACUGUAGCUUUAAAGGCAGCAGAGUUACUUCUUUAAAAAUUGUUCUUUUCAGCUUGAUGUACUGGAAAAAUGUGUUGCAAAAGUAGCUGCCUUAAAGUUGCUUCUUUGCUUUGCACUUUGGUUGAAUAACCCCACUUAGCUUCUCUCAGACUGUUGAAGAGUACAGGAGUGUACAGGGCUAUGUGUUUACGGGUAAAGUGUGUGUUUUUUUUAUUGGAGUCAAAUAAUGACUUGUAAAGCCCCUUGUUUUAUCUUUUACAGCAAAGUUAUAUACUCUG